UCACAGUUCAUCUGUAAACACUGCUCCUGCUCAGUCUUCACUGCCUACUCUUUUGUCCUCAAUGCACUUCUAACGGAUUCACAUCGAGGUUACUGUAAAAGGGCAGAAGGCACCGCAAAAAAGAAUGACUCAGUUGUAAAGGAGACUGCUACAUCUUAAAGGACCACAAGUAUUGCACCAGUUGAACCAAUGGAGGACCUGGACGAUAACACGUCAGUGACUGAGUUUGAGCCUCUCUUCAUUAAAGAAGAGGAUGCAGAUCCAGCUAGCACCCUCGUGGAACAAAGAGAGUUCAACAGUGAACAACGUAGCCUUCCUUUCUUAGAAACUCAACUGAAUCAGUCAUCUUUGAUUCGACCUUACCUUCAGGAGAUGGAUGACCUCUUGAAGAGUUGUGAAAAGCUCACUGGUCUCCCAUUUGACCCUCACUUCUCAGAAACACUGACAUCUGAAAGAAUUCAAUGCAACAGAACAGAUGAAGUCAGCUGUCUGUCAACAAGCUACAUGGACACGACCAUGGAUGGGGCAGCAACAGAAGACCAGGCUCAAGGCUUGGACCACAUCAUCAACAGGUGUGGGGCGACCUCAGAAGUUUCUCAGCAGACACAAAUGCCGCUCACUUUAGUGGGCAAUAAGCUCAGUAGCUCCAUGAUGGAGUAUGAGGGCCAGCUUUUGGGGAUGCUGGCCAUGCUCGAAGGCUGUAUGGAAGAGACUGGGAUGGACUUUGAGCCCCAAGACUGGGCUACAGAUACAACCCAAGAAUAUGUACACAUCAGUACGAAUUCUAACCUUCGUAGGGGUACGACACUGAUCCCCAUUAAGCAAGAGAAGUUAACAAAGUUGGAUGCCAACCCACUUAAAUUAGAGUCAUGUGCUGGUCCGCUUGCAGGAGAUAAAGUUUCUAAAGAAAACAGAGAUGAGAUGGCAGAAUGUUCUGCAGCAGUUAUAAGCCAGACAUACCCUGUGCUCAGCCGUGACAACAUAGGUGGAAAGAUGGAUGGAAUGGAAAGACUUGGAGGGAAUGGCAAUGAGAAAACAGACCAGGAGGUUCUUGAUGAUCAGUCCAGUUUUCUAAGUCCAACAGGAUGUAUGUCUACAAACACAAACAUACUCACAAAAAGAGAAGUCAAAAGGACUGAAGAAGAAGACACAGAAGAGCUCAGCAUGGACUUAAGCUAUUCAGGAUCUGGCACUGAUGAACUCAGUAAACUCGGGUCUCAGAUGGAGGAGUGCAUAGAGGAAGUGCAGCAGUUAGAGAAGAGGAGGAAGGAGCUACUGGCGGAGGUGCUGGAGUUGAGAGGAAGUAUAGACAGAGAAGAGCUGGUGGGAAGCCAUACAGAGCAAGACGAGACAGAGGAGAGCACUGAUAGCAAAGCGACCGUGUUGAUGAAUAUACUGAGGAAGGAAGCAGAGGGGAGAAGAGAGGAGAGGAAGAAAGAGAUCCAAUUCCUCUGGCAGGAGAGAGCUGAGGAGGAGAAAAGGAUAUGGAAGGUAAAUCUAGAGAGGCAAGCGCUUCAAGAGGAGCUCAGAAAGCUGAAGAAGCGGCUUUUUGCCAUCGCAAGGGACUGCGCUCACAGCCAGGUUGCCCUGAACGCUCAGCACCGAGAGGUGGACCUCCUGAAGAGGGAAGAGGAGAAGAUGAAGUCACUGGUGCUGCAACUGACAGAAGAGAUUUCCAAGCUAAGAGCAGCCCAUCAACAACAGGUCUUAGAGUUACAAACAAAGCUUCAAGACCAGAGCCCCAGCCAGACCGUCAACACUCUGGAUGAGAUGACCCAGUACAAGAGGCACUCCUGUGGGGACAUUCAGCAGUAUCUGGAGGGUGGGCUCAAAGCACUCGAAGACAGAUAUGAACCCAUUUUGCUUGCAUUGCUUAAGAGAAGAGAAGUUACAGCUGAAGCAUUAACGAAAGCCAGGGGGCAGGCCCAGGAGCUGAGAGCCCAGCUGAGACCCCUACAGCUGGAGAUCCAAAAACUGAUCCUCCAGAGAACUUGUUUGGAGGAGAAACUUAAACUUAUUUACCUACAAAGGAAAGAGGAUGUGGGGCAGUACAAGGAAAGAGUUUACACUUUGGAGGAGAGGAGCAGAGAGCUGAAGACUGAAUUAAACAUUCAGAAGAAGAAAACCAAAGAAAUAGAAGAACUGAGAGACAGUCUGACCAAACAAUUACUCCUUUACAGGGCUGCCACUGAGGACCAGAGCUGCGAUGACGAGCAGAAAAACAAAGAUUAGAUGUUGUUCUUUGAAAAGAUUUGUGGUUUUAUUACAAACGUAUUACUAUUUUAUCACAACAGAAUGAACUGAGUGGUUCCAUUGAUGCACUUUACACAUUUUCAAAGACAUGCUGUUGAAAAGGAAAAACUUUAGGCAGAAGAGAGGCACUACAAUUCAGCUGGUAGAGUGUUUUUUAAGAAUAAAGACUUUUUGUUUGUUGUAAAAGGAGUGACGGAUGAGUUAAUGCCCCUGCAUGAAGUGCUGAGAGAGUUUCUGUACUUAUAAGGGCAGCAUGGCUGAAGAACUAAACAAUGAGAACAAGAGGAUUAAAGUGAGAACUAAGUUGUGAGGAAGGGAGAACACCAAGUCCUGGCAGACAAUUAUGGGCAUGAGUGUGCUGGUAAAGUCAAUGCCUUCAUUGGAAGGAUUAUUUAGGGUUCAAAUAAUUUUAAGCUUAGCAAGGAAACCUUUAAGUUAGGGGUGUCAAACUCACGGCCUGCAGGCCAAAUCUGGCCCAUGGCACAGUUAAACCCGGCCCACCAGAUCAUAUCAUAUUUUUAUUAUAACUGGCCUACCAGUAUGAGGUCUGCAAAUUUCCACCAGUAUAACAAUGUCAACUUAACUUUGAUGAUUGAAAAUAUCCUUGUUGAGUCAUAAAUAUUCAAAAGAGUAAAGGGUUAAAAUUAUUUGAUAAAAAGUAAGAAAUGUAGGAAAAGAAUUUUGUGUUUUCAUUUCCUAUUUUCUAAUUUGCAUCUCACAAUUAUGACUCAAAGUUAUGGUUUUUACUUUUCAUAUCAUAUUUUGACCAUCUGGAUUCACAGUUCAAAUUUUUAAGACAUAUUUUGACAUUUUAAAUUCAUGAAUUUGAAUUUGAAUCCCAAAUA